AGACCCAAAGACGUAUGACCCGUCAGAGAGGAGCCAAGCGGAACAUCUUCAGAUGCUAGUGCCCUCCGCCAGAGUGGUGAAGGCCCUCAAUGUUCUUUCUGCAUACACGCUCUCCAGUGGAGUGCGAGGCAGCAAAGAGGUUCCUGUGUGCGGCGAUGACGCCCUGGCCAGAGUGGUGGUGUGUGAUGUGGUGAGGACUCUCAACCUGGACCCCCUGGACCGAGGCCCGCUCAAGAACGCCAGAGACCUGGAGGCAAUACCCUUCAUCUUCUUCCCGGAGUGGAAGUUCGCCUUCGUUGUCUCCUGCGUUGUAUGGAUCAUCGCAUUCUUCAUUACAUUCUUUGAAUGGCAGCUGUGUGGGAACCUCAGGAGCGCACAGAGGCACAACGGCUCCUUUAACUGGAACACUUUCAACGACAUAGCAACGCGUAACGUGUCCGUAUCCUGUGCUGUCACUUCUCUCACCCUCCUUGCCCUCUGUUACCUGCCAG